UUGUGGAUGUCAAACAAUAUAUCUUAUAUACUUGCGUAUAUGUGCUAAUGCUAAAUAAUCAUGUGAAAUAAUAAAGCAGUGCAGAAAUUUCUAUAAGUGCAAAAUGACUUUGUUUACAUCUUCUUUCAUAUCCCGCUUUGCAUUUUCUGUCAGAUUUCGGAUUUUCAGCGAAGUAAUAGUAGCUCACUUUUGUUUACUGUUACAUAUUAACCAAACAUGCAAAUUGUAUCUGGUAUAAAAUGAUUAGCAGAUUAGCAGAAACUGGUGACUCUGAAUCUUCCGAGCCUCAUGUAUCGGUUGUGAAGGAAACAUCUAAUACUACUGAGUGCCAUGUUGCUUCAAAUGAAGGGCAUCAAAAAACAAAUGAGGCAAUCCAAUUGAAAGUGUUUGAAACUGAAGACAAUGAUUCAAAUCAAGGGGAUUGUACUCUAGCAGUGAGUUUAUCUCAUGUCAGUGCUCAAUAUGGAGUUUCGUCAAAGACUGAAAGUGAGAGUUCAAAUAAUUUUAUGAAAUGUUCGAGUGUAACUGAAACGGUGAAUGCUAUGACUACAAAUACUCCUGAUGUACAUAAAAACGAUGACAGCGAACAAAGCAUACAACACAAAUUACGAAUUAUUCUGAGCAGGAAAGUAAUUUUCAAGAACUCUGUGUUUAUGAUGAUCCUCCUAAAGAAUAUAUUGCUAAAAGUGCAAGUGCAGUUUCCACUCUUACGAAAUUGAUUUCAGAUGGGAAUCCAAUAGGAAGUAUUAGGGUAAUCUCAUGUGAGACUGCUUCUAGUUCAGAUGAUGAUGUUGAAAAUCCAUCAAUGGAUGUCAUUCAUGAAGUGUGCAAACUUACCAAUUCAUCAAGUGCUGAAUACCAUCCAGUUAAUAAAUCACAUAUUGAGCAGGAACUGGAUUCAGUGUCAGUCAGUGAAUUGUUGAGACGAUCAUGUGA